CGUUCGCGACCGACACGUGACCUUCUCCUCAUAUCUGACAGACACGGCGCUGCAGCAGCAUGUAGACACAACCAUCAGGACACGAGAUGCUACAAGAUGUUACAUUUUCAUGACGGUAGAAAACGGAGAGAACUGCGUCGAUAACAAUUUUUUUGUUCCGUUUAAAUUCUUAAAGAUAAAAAGACAGUUUAGUCCUACUUUUUAGUCCUUUUCUGCAGUUUAAUCUACUUUAUCACUAUGUUAAGGCUCUGCACUAACCAGGGUUUUUAUGAACUCUGGAAAGGAAGUCAUUUUGUGGCAUCCUGUGUUACUAAGAGGCAUAUCAUGACAAGUUUUCUCCCAGUCAGAAGGGCCGUUCAUCACCGACUACACAUCCCUGCUCGGCUCUUCAGUACUGGGACCUCAGUGUGGAAAGAUGAUGCUCUCCAUCCACACAGAGAUAACACCCAUGAUGCUCUCCAUCCACAAAGAGAGGACACUGAUGAAAUACAGACACUAGAUCUGGACAAGUGGAAAUCUGUGAUGAGAGCCCAAGCAGCAUCAGAAGAGAAGCAACAAGUGAAUGAUGAAGAGGAAGCAAGUGAUGGAGAUGAUGAUGAUGACCUUAAAGAACCAGAUGGUGCAUUAAAGGAGAGCUCUUCACUGGAGGCGACUCGGGAUCUGGUUGCAAUGUGGCGGCAAGCUGGGAAGCUCGUACCCGAAGAGAUGACCGACGAAGACGUUCAGACGCUGGCAGGGCUCACCACCAAGUCCGCCAGGAAGAAGUACCUGAAGUACCUGGCCGUCAAGGAGGGACACAAAAAGGCCCGUAAGGAGAAGCAGCAGCAGAGGAAGGCGGUGAGGGAAGAGAGAAGAGCACGGGACAGCGAUGCAGAGGAAGAGACGGGACCUGAGAUUAAAAACACAUUGUUUCUCCAGUUCUGGGGGCGCUCCCUGGACAAGCUCCUGGCCUGGAGGAGCGCCAAUGCCAUGCAGUUCGGUCAACCGCUGGUGUUCGACAUGAGCUAUGAGUCCAACAUGGCCAGGCGGGAGUUGGAGAACACGGUGUCCCAGCUGAUGGAGGUGGAAGCGUGGAACCGGCGUGCCACUGAGCCCUUCCACCUCCACUUUUGCAACCUGCAGGCAGACGGGGGCUACCAGAAGCAGCUGGUCAAACGAUACGGUGCAGAGGCCUGGGACCGCCUGUUGAUCACCAGCACUGACCAACAGCAUGUGGAUCGGUUCCCCCGCGAACAACUCGUAUACCUCACCGCAGACUCUCCCAACGUUCUUCGCAAGUUUGACCACUCCAAGGUCUACAUCGUUGGAGCUCUAGUGGACCGGUCCAUCCAGUCAGGCUUGUCGUUGGCCAACGCCAAGCGUCUGAAUCUGGCCACAGCCCGUUUACCGCUGGAUGAGUUCCUCCACUGGGAGAUGGGAGCCAAAAAUCUGACUCUGGAUCAGAUGAUCCGCAUCCUGCUCACUAUGAAGGACACGGGGAAAUGGCAGGAGGCGUUGAAGUUUGUGCCCAAGAGGAAGUACGAUGGCUUUCACGAAGAACGGACACAGAAAGAGAUUACCGGUAACAGAGUCAGGGGAGACACAAAUCAUGGACCAAGACAGGAUGGUGACAGGCUGUUAAGAUCUGGAGAAAGAAAUAGUGAGAGGACAUUUAAAAAUGAGGGCCAGAGUGUUUACAGGUCCCAUAAGGAGUCUGGGUUCAGUGGUAGAGACAGAACGGCUGGACCGCCCAGUGACAGAGCAAACAAACCAGCUGCAUUCAGAAUACGGACAUCACUAAACAGCAACAUGGAGAGCAGAAAAGCUGCAGGCAAAGGCAAGACAUGGUGGGAGGACGAGUGAAGUCAACAGAAAUUGUAACUCGGGAUAAUAAGGACGUGUGUGUUUACAAGCGGCGUCUGAGGAAAUGUCAAAAACAUGAGACAAGUGGUGAAUAAAGUGUUG